AUGAAAACUAAUUUCAAUGCUAAUAUAAUUAGUAGAAAUAUGUUUAUUCAAACACAGGACACUCCUAACCCUAAUAGUUUAAAAUUUAUCCCCGGAGUCAAAGUUCUAGAAAAUGGAAAAACGAAAGAUUUUCCAAAUGCUGCUUCUGCUUUAUGUUCGCCACUUGGUAAGUCAUUAUUUAGAAUAAAUGGUGUUAAAUCCGUCUUUUUCGGUCCGGAUUUUAUAACUAUUACUAAACAAGAUGAAGAUGUAUCCUGGAAACUUAUUAAUCCUGAGAUAUUCGCCACAAUUAUGGAUUUUUUUUCAAGUGGCCUACCUAUUUUAACUGAAAAUGAAUCGAAAUCUGAUUUUGUGAAGGAAAAUGAAUUAUUAGAGACUAGAAUCAGGCCAACAGUACAAGAAGAUGGUGGAGAUGUUGUUUUUAAAGGUUUUGAAAAUGGUAUUGUUAAACUCAAAUUAUUAGGUUCUUGUACAACAUGUCCAAGUUCUAUUGUUACAUUGAAAAAUGGUAUUCAAAAUAUGCUACAAUUUUAUAUACCUGAAGUACUUGAAGUUGAGCAAAUUUUGGAUGAUUUAGAAAUAAAAACUAAAGAAGAAUUUAAAAAAUUAGAAAAGAAAUUAGAAGAAAAAGACAAUAAUGUUUUAAAAUAG